CGUGGCCCUUUGCGCGCGUCGCAUCUUUAUUCUUGUGGUAUAUUCGGGGUGCGUUUACGAUUCGUACCGUCACUCUUUUUUUUCUCUCUCUCUCUCUCUCUUUCUCUCUGUCAUCUUUCUUACCUCAUUGUUUCCACCCUUCCAUUUUUCUAUCUAUCUCAUAUAUUUAUUAUUACUAAUUUUUGAUCAAAUCAUUAUUUGUUUCUCCCCUCUCCCCACCCUAACCUCUUUCAUAUCAAUCGGACAAAAUAAUUCGAUCCUUCAUUUUUUUCCUCUAUAGUGUUUCAAAGAAAUAUUUUAAUUCUACGUUACACGCAGGUGAUACGUAAUCAUCAUCGCCGAAAUAAAAGAAGAAGAAGAAGAAGAAUAAGAAGAAGAAAAAAGGAGGAAGCAAGUGUUUAUCAAGAGGAAGUGAAUGAUUAAACCGAAUCGAUUAUACUUAACGUACGAUUGAUUAUUUGUUUAUCUAUUAAUAUAAAACAUUGUGCGGGUGAAUAUUAUCGAUAAGAAGAGAAAUUAAGAAAGAAACUCGAAGGAAGAAAUUAACGUGUGUGUGCUUCCAACGUUAUAUAUAUAUAAGUAUUUGCCGACUAGAUAAUCGAUGUGUUUAUUUUGAUUUUAUCUUAUAUUAGAAAAAGAAGAAAAUAAAGCAGAAGAAAAAGAAGAAGAAGAAUAAGAUCAUCAUCUGAUUUUAACUGUGAUAUCUUUUUUCUUGGUGAUUUUUUCGAAGAACUUAAAGAAAACCGGUUAGAAAGAUUAUUACGAGCACGUGUGUUAUCGUCGUCGUCGUCGUAGUGAAAAUGAACGAAUAAUAAUAUUUUCAAUUGAAAUGUGACAAAGUUUAACAAUUUUGCCGUCCUCUCAUAUUUGUAACAAUGUCCAUUUGUUAAUUCAAAUGACUAUCGUCCACUCGUGUAUUCUCUAUUAUUAAUCUAUAUCUCCUUCUUUGUCUUUUUUCUAUUUGUGUCUGAAGAAAGUUUGACCAAUGCAAGACUCGUACUACUGCCUUCUCUUGGUUUAAACUACCACCUUACGUAUUUUCUUCCUUCAUUUCAUUUAACAUCGUCUUCGUCGUCGUCGUCGUCCUCGUUUUCGUCGUCGUCGUUGUCGCCGUUGCCGUCGUCGUCGUCGUCGUCGUUUGUAUUCUACAGCAACGUCAUCCACGUUCUUCUUCGAGGGAAAAAGGGAUCGAUAUUUACGAGCUGUCACAGGCACGAUUAGAAGAACGGACAACGCAACAACAAUCGUUUCGAUAUCCAUACGUACUACUGGAUCCGAGAACUCGUCUAUUACUUGCAUAAUGGUUGCCUGUUGUUUAUGACAAAUCUGGGGUUGGUUUUAAGUUUGGAAAAAGUGUCCGGAUUCGUUCCGGACGAGGUUGUCCUGGUGUUUAGCGGUGGUGGCAGUGGAGAAGGUGAGGGAGGAAGGAGGGAGAACCAAAAGGAAAGAGGAGCGAGGUUAAAGUACGUUAUUAUCAGGUGAAAUUCGAGAAAUCUCUUGUCCAAAGUGGCUAAGAGCGUAAGUCCCCGUCGAGUGCACCAAGAGUGCUCCGGGGUGGAGGCGCAGGUGCAGGUGCAGCAAGAGAGGCGAGCACCGAGGCGCAUGCCUCACCUGGGGCCUGACAUGACAACCCGGCUGUCCGCCAUGUUUUACACGGUCGAGGUCGGGGACACCAAGUUCACCAUUCUCAAGCGAUACCAAAAUCUCAAACCAAUUGGUUCUGGUGCUCAGGGAAUCGUCUGUGCUGCAUACGACACAGUAACGGCGCAAAAUGUGGCGAUUAAAAAAUUGUCAAGACCUUUUCAAAACGUGACACAUGCUAAAAGAGCCUACAGAGAGUUCAAACUCAUGAAAUUGGUCAAUCAUAAAAAUAUAAUCGGUCUUUUAAACGCGUUUACGCCGCAACGGUCGUUGGACGAGUUUCAAGAUGUGUAUUUGGUGAUGGAACUUAUGGACGCGAAUCUGUGUCAGGUGAUCCAGAUGGAUCUGGAUCACGAACGUAUGUCUUAUCUGCUAUACCAAAUGUUAUGUGGUAUCAAACAUUUGCACUCAGCCGGUAUCAUUCAUAGGGAUCUAAAACCAAGCAAUAUCGUUGUCAAAUCAGACUGUACGUUAAAAAUUCUCGACUUUGGUCUGGCGAGAACUGCCGGAACAACGUUUAUGAUGACACCAUACGUAGUAACGCGGUAUUACCGAGCGCCUGAGGUGAUAUUAGGUAUGGGUUAUAAAGAGAACGUGGACAUAUGGUCGGUAGGAUGUAUCAUGGGUGAAAUGAUCAGAGGUGGUGUACUUUUUCCUGGUACCGAUCACAUCGAUCAAUGGAAUAAAAUAAUUGAACAACUGGGAACACCGGCGCAAGAAUUCAUGCAACGGUUGCAACCAACGGUAAGGAAUUACGUGGAGAACAGACCGCGAUAUCCUGGAUAUCCGUUCGACAGGCUAUUUCCGGAUGUUCUGUUUCCCUCCGACUCGUCGGAGCAUAAUAGAUUAAAGGCAAGCCAGGCUAGGGACCUAUUGUCGCGCAUGCUCGUAAUCGACCCAGAACGACGCAUAUCCGUCGACGACGCGUUGCUUCACAAUUACAUAAACGUCUGGUACGACGAGGGUGAAGUCAAUGCUCCCGCACCUGGACCAUACGAUCACAGCGUGGACGAAAGGGACCAUGGUGUAGAUCAAUGGAAAGAACUGAUCUAUCAAGAGGUCAUGGAAUACGAGACAAGCCAUAAUUCGGCAGCGGUUGCUGCACCACCGGAUAGUGCAGGCUCCCGGUAGAUACAGCGAAACUUCUUUUCCUCGAAGCUUUUCUCCUACAUUUAGAGAAGAGAGAGAUUUGUUUUAAAACAAAAACAAACAAAAAAAAAAACAAAAAAACAAAAAACAAAAAAAUUCAAAAAGGAGAGAAGUCUUGGUGUCGUAUGAGAUAGAGAAAGAAAUAAAUAUUAGUAGACUGCUACUGAAAUUCUCACUCUCUUUCUCUCCUCUCUCUCUCUCUCUCUCUCUCUUUUUUCUCUCGUAUAUUCUCUCUCUUUCUCUCUCUCUGUUUCUCUUUCUACCGAUCCUCGUGCCCAUCGUUCUCAAAGUGUUUGACAAAUCAGACUAGCGACAAAUCUCUAAAAAGAUAAAAUAGAGAAAUUCCUCCUUAAAAAAGAAACAAAAUGUAAUUUGAACUUGAACAUAAGUUACGAAUAAAUUGAAAUAAUUUGGACGAAGAGGAGGAAGACCUAGAGAGAGCAAAAAUUGUCCAUUUUGUACUUUUUUCUUUCUUUUUUCUUUUUUUUUUUCGUUGCUUUGUUCAUUCUAAGAAAUAAUCAACGUCAAUGAACGUUCGACUACGUUAUUUAUUAUUUAACACAUCUAUCUAUCCUAUCAAUACAAAUAUAUAUAUAUAUAUAUAUAUAUAUCUGUUAAAUUUUCGUUGGUCACGUGUAGACGAUAAAAUUUAGGAUCUUUUUUUAGAUCGAGAGAGAGAAAGCAAAUAGAACAUUAUUACAGUCUUCUUCUCACUAAUGAUCGAAAUAUUAGUAAUCUCUUCUAUUUA